GAAAUAGCUCAGUUGAUGUCACUGAUUAUCAACACGUUUUAUUCCAAUAAGGAAAUCUUUCUCCGAGAGCUGAUUUCCAAUGCAUCAGAUGCUUUGGAUAAAAUCCGGUAUGAGAGCUUGACUGACCCAAGUAAACUGGAUUCUGGAAAGGCUCUGAAGAUCAGCAUUAUUCCUGAUGUCCAUGAUCAUACCUUGACUAUCGUAGAUACAGGCAUCGGGAUGACCAAAGUCGACCUGGUAAACCAUCUGGGGACUAUUGCCAGGUCUGGCACCAAAGCCUUCAUGGAAGCCUUGCAGGCCGGUGCAGAUAUCUCUAUGAUUGGUCAGUUCGGUGUUGGCUUCUAUUCUGCCUAUUUGGUUGCUGAGAAAGUGACGGUGAUCACCAAGCACAACGAUGACGAGCAGUACGCCUGGGAAUCUUCAGCUGGGGGCACCUUCACUGUCAGACUGGACAAGGGUGAGCCUCUUGGCCGUGGUACAAAAGUGAUUCUGUUUCUGAAGGAAGACCAGUUGGAGUACUUGGAGGAUGUACGACUCAAGGAGGUAGUCCAUAAGCAUUCCCAGUUUAUUGGCUAUCCAAUAACACUGUUUGUAGAAUAUGAGCAUCAGAAAGAACUGAGUGAUGAGGAAGAAGAGGAAUAUUCUGGAGACAAGCCAAAGGUUGGAGAUACUGGCUCUGAGAAAGAAAAGAGAAAAGGUGACCAGCAGAAAAAGAGAACAAUCAAGGAGAGAGUUAUUGUUCCAGAGGAACUCAACAAGACCAAGCCAAUUUGGACCAGGAACCCAGACGACAUUACUAAUGAGGAAUACGGCGAAUUCUACAAGAGCCUGACCAAUGACUGGGAAGACCACCUGGCCGUAAAACACUUUGCAGUGGAAGGACAGCUGGAGUUCAGAGCUCUUCUGUACAUCCCGAGACGCGCCCCUCUCGAUCUCUUUGAAAACAGGAAGAGGAAGAACAUCAAACUCUACGUGCGCAGGGUCUUCAUCAUGGAAGACUGUGAAGUCCUUGUGCCUGAGUAUCUGAACUUCAUGCGGGGUGUGGUGGAUUCAGAAGACCUGCCUCUCAAUAUUUCCCGUGAAAUGUUACAGCAGACCAAGAUUCUGAAAGCCAUCAGGAAGAACCUGGUGAAGAAAUGCCUGGAGCUCUUUGCUGAGCUGGCAGAAGAUAAAGAGAGCUACACGGUUUUCUAUGAGCAGUUUUCCAAAAAUAUAAAGCUUGGCCUACACAAUGACACCCAGAACCACCAGAAACUGACAGAGUUGUUGAGAUACUACACUUCUGCUUCCAUGGAUGAGAUGGUGUCCCUGAAAGAUUACUGUGAACGGAUGAAAGAGAGUCAGAAAUUAAUAUAUUACCUUGCUGGUGAAAACCUCGAACAAGUAGCAAACUCUGUUUUUGUGGAGAAGCUCUGUAAAUGUGGCUUGGAGGUAAUCUACAUGACGGAGCCCAUUGAUGAGUAUUGUAUGGCAAGGCUGAAAACCUUUGAAGGCAAAGCCUGCUUUUCUGUAGCUAAAGCAGGGCUGGAGCUGCCAGAGACUGAAGAGGAGAAGGCCAUGCUGGAGGAGAAGAAGGCAAAGCUAGAAAACCUCUGCAAAGUCAUAAAAAAGAGACUGGAAUCGAGAAUAGAAGAAGUUGCAGUGUCCAACCGACUGGUGACUUCUCCAUGCUGUAUUGUGACCAGUUCCUAUGGCUGGACUGCCAAUAUGGAAAGGAUUCUGAAGGCGCAAACAUUAAAAUACUGCAGCACAAUGGAUUACAUGUCUACCAAAAAGCACCUGGAAAUAAACCCUGAUGAUGCCAUUAUUGAGAUACUGAGGCAGAAGGUGGAAACGGAUGAGAACGACAGGGCUGUGAAGGACCUGGUCGUCCUUCUGUAUGAGACUGCCCUCCUGUCUUCAGGCUUCACUAUGGAAAAUCCCCAGAUACAUGCUAACCGAAUCUAUAAAAUGAUCAGACUUGGUCUAGGUAUCGAUGAACCAACACAAGCAUCUAGUCCUGCAGUAUAUAAGAAGACCGUGUCAGCUCAACAUGAAGAGGCCUCAAAGAUGGAAGAAGUUGAUUAA